CCUACGCCGAGUGCGCAUGCGUAACGUAUAGUUGCCGUGACGACCAGGGAAGCGUUGGAUUGCGUGCUAACAGGCACUGGUGUCUUUGAAGAAGAAAAGCGAGGCUUCCUUACUGGGACUGGCGAGCUACUGCUGCGAGGUGUUCGGUGUCAGAGAAAUAAGCAUGCACCCCGAGGCCUCGGAGCCCGCGGUGGAGCGGGUAGCGGAGCUGGACUGCGCUCAAGACCCCGGUGUAGAGGAGUCCGCGAGUGACCACGGCGACGUGAACCAAAGGGCCAGCAAAGAAGAAAUUGAUGACCCUAAGAAAAUACAUGUGGGUCCUUCUGACAUACCCUGCCAAAACCAGCAAAAUCAGAGUGGUGACAGCAAAUCAGUCAGUCACUUAGCAGAGCCAAGAAGUGACAGAGAAGACCAGGGGCCCAGAAUGACAAAACAAUUCCUACAAAAACUCUGUAAGCAACACAAGCUUUACAUUACUCCGGCACUGAAUGACGUGCUGUAUUUACAUUUUAAAGGGUUUGACUGCAUUGAGAACCUAGAGGAAUACACAGGUCUGCGCUGUCUCUGGCUGGAGUGCAAUGGAAUACAGAAAAUCCAGAACCUGGAGGCUCAAACCGAACUGCGCUGCCUCUACCUGCAAGUGAACUUGAUUCAUAAAAUCGAGAACCUGGAACCUCUGCAGAAGCUGGAUGCGCUGAACCUCAGCAACAAUUACAUCAAGACUAUUGAGAACCUCUCGUGCCUGCCAGCACUAAACACUCUACAGAUCGCCCACAACCAGCUGGAGAUGGUGGAAGACAUCCAGCACCUAGCAGACUGUUUGACACUCUGCGUCCUUGACCUUUCCCACAAUAAGCUGCGCGAUCCGGAGAUCCUGAGUGUCCUGGAAAGCAUACCUGAUUUGCGGGUGCUGAACCUGAUGGGGAACCCAGUGACCAAGCAGAUUCCUAAUUACCGCAGGACAGUCACUGUGCGCCUGAAACACCUCACUUACCUGGAUGACAGGCCAGUUUUCCCAAAGGACAGGCCAGGAGUUUACUACUCACUCACUAGAGCAUGCGCGGAAGCCUGGGCCCGAGGAGGGUACGCAGCCGAGAAGGAGGAGAGAGAGAGCUGGGAGAGCAGGGAGCGGAAGAAGAUCGAGGACAGCAUCGAAGCCCUGGCCAUGAUCAAGCGGCGGGCAGAGGAGCGCAGGAGAGAGAGAGAAGGCCGAGAGGGAGGAGGGAUGCCACCGGCAGUCACUAGGGACCCACAGGAGCAGCCACCCGUGGCAGGAGACAUGCAGCAGAAGAUGGAGCUGUUUGUGGAGGACAGCUUCAAGGCCAAGGAUGAGCUGUUCCCAGAGGAGGCCAGCGGGGAAGAGGCUCAGAACCCCGAGCCCCUGGAAGGUAACUGGGAGCUGACCUCUGGUGUGGUGGCUGCUGAGGACUCGCUGGCUACUGAGCUUCAUGGGACCGGAACUGAGGACACAGAAGCCAUUGAGCAGGGGAUAGAGAAGCUCUUCAUCGCGGACCUCCCUGAUUUGGAAGAUGUUGAUGACACAGAUGCAGCUUUGGAAGACCAGGACCAGGUGCUGUGCUGUCCGAAGAUCGAGGUCCUCUCAAGUGACGACAGUGGCACUGACCUGGAUGACAUGGGCCUUCCUGGCUCCGCACACUCACCCACAGGUGCCCUGUCAGGCAUAUUCGCAGUCUCUAGGGACACCUCAAAGAAGGCAAAGUCACCUUUCACAGACAUUUUAAAAAAAGAAGUGAUGAGAGAUUUGAAAAUUGAAAGCCAAGACACCGAGUCUCUGAGCCCACUCAUUCAGGAGCUCGGCGAGGCACCCUCAGGCUGCGCACCAGCCUCUCCCUGCUACAGGACAGACGCUGCAGAGGACGGCGAUAGGGACAGAGACAUGCUGGCCUCCUCCCCAGCCCUAGGACACAGAGCUGCCAAGGACCGAGUACAGCCAGAGGUGGCGCCUGAGGAGACUGGUGCGGGUGCAGGCCACGGGGACAUGGAAUCUGAUUUGGGCUGAACACAAGGCCCCUGCCAGCGAGCCAGCAGGGACAGGUUACCUCCGCCGCCCAGAGUGCUGCCACUUGCUAAGCCUGCUCCGUGGCCUGGCCGUGACAGCUGCUCAUGGGCCCCACUCACCCCUGGCUCAGAGCUUGUUUCUGUCACAGUGUACCUGUAACUGUACACACCUUGCUGGCAUAAUAAAAACCCAGCACCAGUGUGUUCCUAGAA